CGUGGCGACAGCAGUCACCAACCACCCAACCUCCCCGUUCCUUCUCGCCGCAGUCAUUACGCACCCCGCGCUUCGACACGAGACAGGUCGGUCAGUUGCGGUCAUAAACAGCAACACGAGCGCGAAUUCUCAUCCGCCGCUGUGCUGGCUACAUCACCAUUCACCGAUUCAUCCGUGCGUUAUUUAAAACAAAACCCAACGACCCCCCCACUCUCGCUCCUUUCCCUCUCACCGCUCUCUGAGAAUCGCUCUCAAAACCCCAGCUCCUUCUGUUAAUGGCGUCCGAGGCUUUGGAUGAGGGGAGAGCUAAGCUCUCCUUCUUCUCUGGGCUCAUGGGCAAGCAGGGUUCGGGGGAUGAGAUCGGCACCGAGAGGGAGCCCCUGGUUGGGGAGGAGCGGUCGCAGGAGAGCUAUUCGAUCGGAGCUGCGAUUCUCCCGUUUUUAUUCCCAGCUCUGGGAGGGUUGCUCUAUGGCUAUGACAUUGGAGCUACAUCAGGUGCAACAAUCUCCUUACAGUCAUUGACAUUAAGUGGUACAACAUGGUAUAAUUUGAGUUCGGUGGAAAUUGGCCUUGUGGUUAGUGGCUCAUUAUAUGGGGCUUUGAUUGGUUCGGCUUUAGCAUUCACUGUUGCAGAUUUUUUAGGGAGACGACGAGAAUUAAUUGUCUCCUCGAUGCUGUAUUUUCUUGGGGCUCUCCUCACAGCUUUAGCACCCAACUUUCCUAUUAUGGUACUUGGGCGGUUUGUAUUUGGCGCAGGAAUCGGGCUGGCUAUGCAUGCUGCUCCAAUGUAUAUUGCAGAAACUGCCCCAGCUCAAAUAAGAGGCACACUGAUUUCUCUGAAAGAGUUCUUCAUAGUCAUAGGAAUGCUUUUUGGCUACAUAACUGGCAGUCUCUUUGUUGAUGUUGUUGCCGGUUGGCGCUAUAUGUAUGCUACUAGUGCACCUGUAUGUGUCAUUAUGGCAUUUGGAAUGUGGUGGCUACCACCAUCACCUCGCUGGGUGCUUUUAUGCACCAUACAGGGCAAGGGAAAUCUGCCUGAAGCAAAACAUCUUGCUAUUUGCUGUUUGUGUCGCCUGAGAGGUCAAGUAAACGAAGGUUCAGCUUCAGACCAAGUUGAUGCGAUUUUGGAUGAGCUUGCUUCUACUUCUGAAGAGAAAGAAGCAAGUUUCUUUGAAAUAUUUCAAGGAAAGUGCUUGAAAGCUCUUGUAAUUGGUGCAGGACUUGUCUUCUUUCAGCAGAUCACAGGGCAACCCAGUGUGUUGUAUUAUGCUGCCACCAUCCUUCAGAGUGCAGGGUUUUCUGCUGCAGCAGAUGCUACACGUGUUUCAGUUCUUCUUGGUAUACUGAAGUUGAUAAUGACUGGAAUUGCGGUUCUCGUGGUGGACAAAAUCGGGAGGAGGCCUUUGCUCAUUGGUGGUGUUAGUGGGAUUACUGUUUCCCUGUUCCUACUUUCAUCAUAUUAUAUGUUGUUCAAGGGUUCUGCAUUUGUUGCAGUAAUUGCACUGCUGCUGUAUGUUGGCUGUUAUCAGUUGUCAUUUGGCCCCAUUGGUUGGUUGAUGAUUUCUGAGAUUUUCCCUCUGCGUCUGAGAGGGCGUGGAUUGAGUAUAGCAGUGCUUGUUAACUUCGCCUCAAAUGCUUUGGUGACUUUUGCUUUCUCGCCAAUCGGGGAUCUUGUAGGUACUGGUGUCCUUUUUGCAGGGUUUGGGAUCCUUGCCUUGCUCUCUCUCCUCUUCAUAUUCUUCUUCAUACCAGAAACAAAGGGGCUUACGCUGGAGGAAAUCGAGGCCAAGAUUUUGUAAGUUGUCCACCUGUGGCUACGGAUUCAAUAAUAACAAGUCUCAUAUUGUGUCCGGAAACCGUUAAAAUUCCAAGUUGUGUACAUCAUGUAUGUGGUUCAGGUAAAGGAGGGAAUCUUAUAUUACGGGAACAGAAAUGUAUAGUUUUACGUCUAUUUAUGUCUUCACUUGAUUGAUGUAUAUCUGCUGAAAUUUGUAAGUUGUACGCUUGCAUAUGCUUUGAAUGUUUUGAGAAAUCA